GUAAGGUGGUAUUUAAAAAUCUCCUAGGUGCUGCAGGACUGGCUGCCUUAUUCUUCCCAAGUGGUGUUUAGAGAAAAGUCAUGUGAGCUUGGAGGAGAAUGUGUGCAAGGACUGCCGGCAUAUACUGAGCUGUGUAGUGGGAGACAGAGUGUGAGUGAGAGACUGCUUGUACAAAGCUAAAGUGCAGGCUGCAGUUACAGCUUCUGCAGUCUUGGAGCUAAUACUUGUGAUCUGUCUUGGCAUCCUUCAUUCCCAGGGCGUGUGAACCCUCCAGAUUCCCAAGAUAACAGUCACAGAGAGAGAAAAGGAGAGGAUGCUUUUCAAAUUCUGAAAAUAUCUCCUGGGAGAUCCCACUGCUUUCAUUGAAUUUUACAAAAAGUGUAUUCAUCUGCUCCUGUCUCCUCUUCUCUACCUGGGCCCUCCAUGGAAUCCCCAGUGUAUAUUUUUCGUGAGGAGCUGGGCCCUACCUGCUCCCCAGGACCUUGCCCACUACCUAGCAGCAGUAGCAGCAGCUGGCUUGUGGACUGGGCAGAAUAUGGCAACAAUAGUAGUGGCGCUUAUGAGGACUUACAGCAGAAUGACACCAACAUCUCCCCGGCUAUUCCCAUAAUCAUCACUGCAGUCUACUCCAUGGUCUUUGUGGUGGGCUUGGUUGGCAACUCUUUGGUCAUGUUUGUCAUCAUAAGGUACACAAAGAUGAAGACAGCAACCAAUAUCUACAUUUUUAAUCUGGCCCUAGCAGAUGCCCUAGUAACCACCACAAUGCCUUUCCAAAGUACUGAGUACUUAAUGAACUCGUGGCCAUUUGGGGAUGUGCUGUGUAAAAUAGUCAUUUCCAUUGACUACUAUAACAUGUUUACCAGCAUAUUCACGCUGACCAUGAUGAGUGUUGAUCGAUACAUUGCCGUGUGUCACCCGGUGAAGGCUCUAGACUUCCGUACUCCCCUGAAGGCAAAGAUCAUCAACAUAUGUAUCUGGCUCUUAUCUUCAUCAGUUGGCAUAUCAGCCAUCGUCCUCGGAGGUACCAAAGUCAGGGAAGACACAGGCAGUACUGAGUGCUCUUUGCAGUUCCCAGAUGAAGAUUAUGCCUGGUGGGACACCUUUAUGAAAAUCUGUGUCUUUGUCUUUGCCUUUGUUAUCCCGGUGCUAAUCAUAGUCAUCUGCUAUACUCUGAUGAUUCUGCGCUUGAAGAGUGUGCGGCUCCUCUCUGGAUCUCGAGAGAAAGACCGAAACCUCCGUCGCAUCACUCGACUUGUUCUUGUCGUGGUUGCAGUUUUCAUUAUCUGCUGGACCCCAAUCCACAUUUUUGUCUUGGUCGAGGCCCUUGGGGACGUGUCACACAGCACUGCAGCCAUUUCCAGCUAUUAUUUCUGCAUAGCUUUGGGCUACACCAAUAGCAGUCUAAAUCCCAUCCUGUAUGCUUUCCUGGACGAAAACUUCAAACGGUGUUUCAAAGAUUUCUGCUUUCCUUUUAAGAUGAAGACAGACAGACAAAGCACCAGCAGAGUCAGAAACACCGUUCAAGAUCCUGCUUAUUCCAGGGAGGCUGAUGGUACAAACAAGCCAGUAUGACUAGUCGUGGAAAUGUCAUCUUACUGUCCUCCUGGAAGAGAGGAAUCCAAUGAUCUUGGACUAACUCAAAUAACCACCGCAGUGUGAAAUGGACAAUAAUAGACCUAUUUGAUAUUGUGUAAGCUUUCUCAUAGUCUGAACGGGCAAUUGCUGAUAAUGAGGGUUUCAUCAGCCAUGUUUACUGAUGAUUAGUUUUUGGAUCAUAUUAAGAACAGAUAUUUGUACAUACCACAAUAUCCAUUCUUGACAAAAGACAGUAAACUUCUUCACAAUGCUGAUCUCUUUAUAGGAAGGGAAGGAUGAUAUUUUCCGCUUAUGACUCCUUGAUGCUCUUACUUAGGAUCCAUAUGGAUGCUAGCAUGUGGUUUUCAUAGAUUGCUGUAAAAAAAUAAGGGGGGGAGUAAGAAUCUUUACCGUGCAAAGAUCUUGUGCAAAAAUCUUGUUUUACUGUACUGUGUUACAAUGAUCAGUCUCAAUUCUAAGCCAACAUUUCCUUAUAUUCUUUCAGUGAGAAGCAUUUUCUGAUAAGUGUGUGAACCAUGUAGGAAAUUAAGGAAUCCAGCAUUCUACUGCAAACAUCUGGGAGCUUCUUUGGGUUAAUUUACACAAUCGUGUUUUAUGUUAGGAGUGAGAAACCUAUGAUUCUCCAGAUCCAACUCAUACAAUCCUUGACUAUUGGCCAGGCUGGCUGGGGAUUGAUGGGAGCUGGUCCAACAACAUCUGGGGGGGGGACUACAUGUCCCCCACCUCUGCUUUAUAUGAUGAUUACAUUUGUGCUUGAUAACUUCCAGCACUUCAACUAUAUGUAAUUUAUAGUUUUUAAUCCUGAGGGGAAACUAUAGGAUGAGCUUGUCAUAUAAUUACUGCAAAUGGAAGACUGUGUAAAUUUUAUUUCUUUAUACAACUUAUACCCCUAUCUUCUAAGAAACCCAAAGUGUUAACAAGGAGGAGCCAUAGCUUGGAGGUGGUGCACAAGCUUUGCAAAUAGAAGACCUGCAGUUCAAUCCCUGGUAUCUCUAGUUAAAAGGACCAGGCUGCAGGCAGCAGGUGGUUUUAAGGAUUCCCUGCUGGAGUUUCUGGAAAGCUGGUGCCAGGCAGAGUGGACAGCAUUGCACUAAAUACAUAAAUAGGCUGACCUGGUAUUUCAGGCACUUACUUUAAUAAUUGUACCAUCAAGGUAAUUAGCUUGAUGUAAUUAAUUAAUUAAUUAAUUAAUUGAGCUAAUUAAUUAAUUAGCUUACAUAACCAUGAAAACUCUGUCAAAAUUCAAAACAAGGCUGUAAAUAAAUCAGUCCAUGAUACUACUAAAGUCUGCCAAAAUAAAGGUGUUUAAAAAUAAAUAAAUAAAUAAAUAAAUAAAUCACCACCACCACCAUUAUUUCAAAGAUGGUAAUAUUGGGUUCUGGUGGCCUUUUGGGAGUUCCAGAACUGAAGCAUUGUGCCCAAACAUGAAUGUGUAAAUUAGAGGUUGCCAACAUGGCACCCAUAGACACCCAUACCGUCACACAGAAGCCUUCCCUGGUGUCCACCCAGCCUUCCCCACAGUGAAACUAAGCUUGAAAGCAGCAUUCUGUUGUAGCCAACUGAAUAGGUUGUGUGCUUUUUGUGGUGUGUGUGGUACCCACAACAGUGUGCCUGGUUCACAAACAUGCCCAUAGCCCCUCAAAGUUUGGUGUCCUCUGGUGUGAAUCAUAUGUUUAAAAAGUAAGACACCGGCUUCAUCUUAGCAUACAAUGAGCUGUCAUGCCUGCUCACUUUGCUCAUCAACUCCUCCCCUCACAGCUUGGCCAAACCAUUUGCCUUCUUACCUCACAGAUUGCCCAAACUGUGCACCCCCUCCCCUUACAGAUCACCCAAACAACAGCCCAGGUGAGCUUUAGAGGAACAGGCAGGACAGUCUGCUGCUGCUUCAUCCCAUGGCCUUUGACAGUGCUGAGGCAGCAUCACUGUGAGGUACACAAUGGCAGCAGGGCCAGACAGUUGCUGGGGAGCUGACCCAACCUGUUCUGCCUGUCCUUCUGUAGCUCACAUGGGCUCUGCUCCACCUACUUGCUUGUUUGCUGCACCUGCCUGCUUGCCUGCCUGUCUGGGCCACCCACCUGCUGUUUUGUCAUCAUGCUGCAGUUCAUUUGGCCACCUGUUGAUGGCCACAUGAACUGCAGUGUGAUGAUAUUCUUACAAUUUUAUUAUAUACAGUAUUCAGUUUUAUGGUGUCCUUCAGCUACAGGCUCUGAAACCAGAGGACUCCUGGGUAUGGAUUACAGGAACCAAUGAGACUGCUUCUCAUUGCAAUGCAAUCUAAUGAAUUUAAAGUCACCUUCUCCACUCUGCCCUGCUGGCUACAGCUAAUGAGGGUUAUAGUCCAAAACAGGAAGGUAUCAGGUUGGAGAAGGCUGCUCUAGGAGCCUUCCCAGUGUCAUUGUCAUCCCACCCCACUUGUUCUAUUUCACCAUUAAAUUUCUAAAUUGACAUGCAACAAAGCCACAAAAAAUGUUUCAACCAAAAUAUAAUGUAUAAAUGUGUAUAAUUUAUUCUAGCUAGGCUUUUUGCCAGUAACAUAAUUGUGGACUGUUUGCAUAUGUCUGUCUGCAAUGCAAGCUUUCUUGAUCUGCAAGAUCACUGCAUGGUCCCUGACUCUUGUAUUUGUGUCUGUCUACCACAAAAAGUGCU